GAGAAGGAUGAGCUGAUGUCGGCGACGCAGGCGAGCGGCCUAGCGGAGAAGAACAUCCAUGGUAUGAAGGACCUGUCUGCGCCCGGCAAUGCCGCCAACUUCUACGACGGCUGGUCUUGCUUUCGGACGCUCAUCACUCGCGAUCCGCAGCUGGCCCAGGAGCGGACCAAGGCCAAGGGCAGCAAGGGCAAGGAGUUCUCGCUUAGCAUGCUCGGGCUGGCCCUGGGGGCGCGACUGUACAAGUCGGCGGUCAGGUAUCGGGAGGUGGCGCCGCUGCCCGGGGUGGACGAGGCGCAGGUGGAUGAGGACAUCCGUCGCUUCUGCGCGGCGGAGGAGGUGGAGCCCGUGCUGCAGGCGUACCCGAACGGCACGCCACGCAACGUGCAGAGAGGUCGCGCCUAUAGAGGCUUCGAGCCGCCGCCAAGGGAGCCAGAUGGGGCAGCAGCAGCCACCCAUGCGCCAAACCAAGCCACCCAGGCCACGCAGGCACGCCGGCGGCGAGGUAGCGGCGCUAGCAGCCUGGGUGACCCGGGCGAGCUGGGUGGUGGUGGUGGUAUGUACGGCAGUCAGGAGGGGGUGGGGGCUGGCCUUGGACACGUGGGACGCGGAGGACACGGUGACCCAGGCUUCCUGAGCAGCCAGGGGCUGUUGGGGAGCCAGGGACCCCUCGGUAGCCAGCCCGCAGGGGCGUACGGAGCAGCAGCGGGUGCAGGUGCAGCGGGGUUGGGGUUGGGAGCUCUUGCGACGUCUCUGACGGGCUUCAACCCGCCAGGAGGGUACGCGGCGGGCCUGGCAAGCGCGGCAGGAGCAGCACCCGGCGUUGCGCCGCGGGCGGCAGCCGCCGCGGCAGCGGAGGCCAGGGCAGGAAAGGUAGCGAAGGCAGCAAAGCCUGCAGCUCCAACCGGGCAUGCUACUGAUGCUGGUGCUGCUGCUGCGGCGGGUCGCGGCGCGUCUGCGGCAGCUGGUAAGGGGCCCUCGGUGGUUGUAGUAGACUUGCUGGAUAGCAGCGAGGAGGAGGAGAAGGAGGACGCAUCCAACGGCGUUGGCGGCGGCGGUGGUCCCAGGGGCAGCCUAGGUGCUGCUGGCGCGGACAGGCUCAGCAUGAGGGCAGCCAUGGACGCCUCCUUUGCGUUUCUGUCACAGGAUCCCAGCGGGGGGUACUCGCAGGGAGGGCAUGCGAGCCAGCCGCUGGGGUCUCAGCCGGGGCAGCCGCAGCAGCUGCUGCGCGCGUGCGGUCGCGGGUGGUGGUGAGGGAGGACGAAGUGGAGCACAUGGUGGAGAUGGGCUUUGACCGGCGGCUAGCGAGGAAGGCCCUGCGGCGCGAGAAUGGCGACUUCUCAGCGGCUCUAGACCGGCUGGAUGAGGGCACCCUUAGCCCCGCCCUGGGGCCUUCCUCGGACGAGGAGGGUGAGGGCGCGCAAGAGGUGCAGGAGGCGGACGAUGAGGACAAGAAGCCUGACUACCUGGCAGGGGCGGCAGCGCUCGCUGCUGAGAGGGACCGAGCCCUCACGCUGCCCACCUACGGCGCGGUCGCGAGUGCCGCCGCGGCGGCAGCAGCUGCCGUUGUAGCGGCGAAAACAGGAGCGGUACCCCUUACUCGGCAAGCGCCGAGCGGCAGGUGUCCGAAAGGGGCAGCGGCGACAGCAGCAGCGGCGGCAGCGGCAGCGGGUGGCCUAGGCAGGAGCGGCUCGCAGACGUUGGCUGGGCCGAGCAGCCAGAACCCGUACGGAUCUCAGCAGCAACCGCAGUACGGACUUGGAUCUCAGCAGCAGCAGCCGUACAUCGGGGGGUCUCAGCAGGUGGCUGGCGGCAGCGGCAGCCAGGCCGCGGAGGCGGAGGCGAGUGGAGGCGGAGAAGACAGGACGCUGUGCACCUACGAGUGGCUGCUCCCUCGGGUGUCCGAGGUGCCAGCCAACCACCGCAACCUGCCGCUGCGGCUGCCGCCCCUGCCGCCGGGGCAGCGCUUCGAGGAGGUGUACGAG